AUGUAUGCAAAAUGGCAUGUUGUGCAACUGAAAACUAUUCCAAAUGAUUCUAUUCCUUUCUGGGAUCCCCCCAAUGUCUUUGUUUUGUUGGCGCGUUGCAUCGCCAAUGAGCGUGGCACAUGGAUCUUUCUUUUGUAUUAUGAGGAUUUGUCAUGGCUACUAGCAGGACCUUUCAUCGAUAUUGUCAAACACCCUGAUGGGGCCAUUGCCGACAGUGCCUUCAAUCUCAACCUCAAACACCCCGACGGCAACAUCCUCCGUGGUGCUUUCAAUCUCAACCUCAAACACCCCGACGGUGACAUCCCCCGCGGCACCUUCAAUUUCAAUGUCAAACACCCCGACGGAAACAUCCCCUGUGGCACCUUCAAUCUCAAUAACCAUCAAUUCCAGUUUGACACCCCAAUGGAGCCACAAAUGAGUAGACAAGGUCUUUCAUUUCUUAACUACAAGUUUUUGGUUGAUAUGGAGACUAUCUUGCAGGAGUUGGAUGAGAUAAAGAUUAAGAUACAUUAUGCUACAGAUCUAGAUGGAUGGUUAGGCAGUGGCACGGGUUGGGGUAACCCGUCAGGGUUACGGGUUGGGGUAUCAACGGGUCAGGGUACGGGUUGGACAUCUCGGAACCCCAUACCCGAAGUACCCGUAUUUCUAUAUUAG